AUGCAGGUGCAGGAAGCUCAUGAGUUGGAUGUGGAGAGCCUGUUAGACACAAAGCUGGAGCAGCACAAGGACCUUGUGCAGGGCGAGCUUGAGAACGGUUUGCGCUAUGUCAUCCUUCCCAACAAGGUGCCACCAGAGCGCUUUGAGGCCCACCUGGAGAUCUGUGCAGGGAGUGUGGAUGAGGAAGCAGAUGAGCAGGGCAUUGCUCACCUUGUGGAGCAUGUCACGUUCCUGGGAAGCCGGCAAAGGGAAGGCCUGUUGGGCACAGGAGCCAGAUCAAAUGCCUACACAGACUUCCACCACACGGUCUUCCAUGUCCACUCGCCCCUCACAAACACAGGGGCUCCAGAUCCGACACCUAUGCUUCCACAGGUGUUAGAUGCGCUGGCAGAGAUAGCUUUUAACCCAGAAUUCCUUGUGAACCGGAUUGAGAAGGAGCGAAAGGCAGUGUUGGCAGAGGCGCAGAUGAUGAACACAAUAGAGUACCGCGUAGACUGCCAGCUUCUGCAAUUUCUGCAUGAAGAGAAUGCACUCGGUUCUCGCUUCCCAAUCGGCAAGACAGAUCAGGUCGAACUGUGGGACCGUGAGGCUCUGAUGAACUUUUGGGAAAAGUGGUACUUCCCAGCCAACGCCGUCCUGUACAUUGUCGGAGACUACGACCGGCCUGUUGAGGAGGUCAAGGCCCUCAUAGAGAGAUCCUUUGGCGCUGUUCCGCGCGCUAGAGAGCGGCUGCCAGGUGUCGAAGCAGCUCCACUGAACAAUGGCCACAGCAACGGCUCAUCACCCAGCACCAAUGGAAAUCAUUUGCUCGAGGGCCCUUUCAAGCUGAAGCACAAGGUCCGCCCUCCGGUGGAGCACAGAUAUGGGUGCGCGCCCAUAAAGGCAGAAGAGACGGCGCCAACUGUACGAGUGUUCAAGCACCGCCUUCUGCAGCAUUUCAUGCUGUCGCUGUUCUGCAAGCUGCCAGUGCAGCCCUUGACGAGCAUAAGGGACAUGCGCACAGCGUUCAUGGUGCGCAUCAUGUUGAGCGUGCUGCAGUUCCGGCUCAAUCGGCGUUAUGUGGAGGCAGACCCUCCAUUCGUCGCCAUCGAGCUAGAUCAGAGUGACUCUGGCCGCGAGGGCUGCGCUGUGUCAACGCUGACCAUCACAUCCGAGCCGGGCGACUGGCGCGGCGCUGUCCAGGUAGCGGUGCAGGAAGCGCGGAGGCUGCAGCGGUUUGGCGUGACGGCCGGGGAGCUGGAGCGCUACAAGAUGGCGCUGCUGCGCGACAGUGCCCAGGCAGCAGAGCAGGCGCUGUCUGUGCCGUCCGCGGACAACCUGGACUUUAUCAUGGAGUCCCUCGCACUCGGCCACACCGUCCUGGACCAGCGCCAGAGCCACGAGCUGCUGAAGGACUGGGCUGAGACCAUCACGCUGGAGGAGGUGAAUGCGGUGGCGGCCAGCUACCUGUCCUACAUCUCGCACUACCGGGCGGAGGAGGAUAUCCUGGAGCAGGCGGCGCGGGGGGAGGGCAACUUUGCAGGCGUUGGCCCCACGCGCGCCACUGCCAUUGUGGCCUGCAUCCCUGCCUUCACUGAUCCCAGUGGCCAGAGCAGCGAUGUGCCCGAGGGCACCGUGCGCUUUGAACUGGACCCCGAUGAAAUCGCUGACGCGCUGGCUGCCCCCAGUCUGCAGAUUGAGCCACCAGAGGACAUCCAGGUGCCACAGUCAUUGUUGCCACCUGAGAGGGUAGAAGAGCUGGUUGCAGAGCGCAACCCCCACUUUGUGCCGCUGGAGAGGUUUGGGCCCUCUUCCUCAGCCAUGCCUCCACCAGAUCCGGCCACAGGCAUCGUGCAGCGGCGGCUGUCGAACGGCAUCCGGGUGAACUACAGCCACACGGACAACGAGCCCCGCGCGGCGAUGGUGCGCAUGGUGGCGGCAGGCGGACGCUCGCUGGAGGAGCAGGGCGCCGGGCCCUCAGGGACGGGUGUGGUCAGCAUCGGAACGCGCACCCUCUCCGAGUCCGGCACCGUCGGCCACUGGCGCCGUGAUCAGGUGGAGCUGUUCUGUAUAUCCAAGCUCAUCAACUGCAUGCUGGAUGCGGACGAGGAGUUUGUGUACAUGGACUGCCAUUUUGCAAUAGGCGAGGGUGGCCUGCAAGCAGUAAUGGAGCUGCUGCACCAGUUCCUGGAGUCGCCUCGCUGGGAGGAGAGCGCCAUGGAGCGCGCCAAGCAGAUGUACCUGUCCCACUACCGGUCCCUGUCCAAGGGCCUCGAGCGCGCCACCGCCGACCGCGUCAUGUCCUGCAUGCUUGGCCCCGACAGGAGGUUCCGCGAUGCGAAUCCGGAGGAGAUAGAGGCGCUGACGCUGGAGGGGAUGCGCGAGGCGGUCAUGGCGCAGCUGCACCCGGCCAACAUUGAGAUCAACCUGGUCGGCGACAUCGACCUGGCCGAGGUGGACGACGUCAUCCUGCGCUACCUCGGCACCGUCGCGCCGCGCAACACCCCGCCGCCGCCGCCGCGCGUGCAGCCGCCCGGCAUCUGCUACCCGCCCGCCCACAUCCGCCGCCAGGCCUGGCACCUCAAGGAUUCUGAUGAGCGGGCGGUGGCGUACAUUGCCGGCAAGGCUCCCAACCGGUGGGGGCCGUUUGGCGCGAAGGAGGCGCCCUCCGCCACACCGAUGCUGGUGGUGCCUCCGGUUCUGCCGCCUCCCAACGCCACAGCGGCGCAGCUGGCUCGCGCGUCGGAGAUCAGGCGGGCCCACCCGCUCUACGCGGAUGUCACGCUGCGUCUGCUCACAGAAAUCAUGAACUCGCGGCUGUUCACCACGGUGCGCGACGCGCUGGGCCUGACGUACGACGUGUCGUUUGAGCUGUCCCUGUUUGACCGGCUGCGCGUGGCCUGGUUUGUGUGCCACGUGACGUCCACGCCCCAGAAGAUCAACGAGGCCCUGGACGCCAGCCUGCGCGUUCUGCGUGGCCUGCCCAUGCAGCGCGUCACUCCGCGCGAGCUCCUGCGCGCCCGCCGCACCGUCCUCACCCGCCACGAGUCCGAGAUGAAGGAGAACAUGUACCGGCUGGGGCUGCUGACGCACCUGCAGAGCAACGACGUGCCGCUCAAGGUGCCCGAGUGCCUGCGCGACCUGCGCGUCAUGUACGAGGCGGCUACCAUCGACGACAUCAACGACGCCUACUCCAACUUUGCGCUCGACGACGACCACAUCUUCACCUGCGUGGGCACCUCUGGGCCCACGCCACCGCACAAAGUGCUGCUGUCAGUCGCGGCUGCGCUGCAGGGAAACGGGCUCGCGCAAGCCAUGCAGGAAAUGGCUGCCAAGAAGCAGGGCAACGAUGACAGGCCCUGA